AUGGCCGACUUGGCUGAUGACAUGUCGUUCGACAUCACCGCUGCGCUCGAUCAAGUCCAGAGCCGAGUCCAAGCGCGCGACGACGACGACGACCGUUCCGCAGGCGCUGCGGUUCACUCUGGCGACGCCGGCGCGUUGAGCCACGUCACGAACGCGCAGUUGCCCCAGCUCGACAGCGGGAUCCGUGGCGCAUCGGAACCAGACCACGCUGCAGCAGCGUAUUCCGAGCAGCCAGAUCACCACCAGGACGGCCAGGAAGACGCGGACGAACCUGCCUCCCCACCUGACGAGGGCGAUCUCUCAAGCCCGAGCUGGGCCCAAGAACGCUCCCAGAAUCUGACCGGCCACCGCGUCGACGAGGAGGGAGGAGAUGAACUCAGGGGCAUUACUCUUGCCGCGGAAAGUCACGGCAAGACUGUCCCACACCAUGACAACGACGGCGACGACGAUAUGACGUUCCAAACAAUCCGCCUCGACCAGUACACGCUCGCGUCGCCAACACCAGCCGCGGACGGUCCUUCCGAGAUCCCUUCCGUCUCAGGCGCAAGAUUAACCACGUCUCCCCCGCUUGCCCCGCUCCCAGCACCCCCAUCCGCCACGCCAUCACCGACACUGAGCGCAAGUGCAGACUCUUCGUUUGCACCCGAAACGACCACAACAGCUGCCACCUCAAAGCAGGAUCUUGACGACGACGAAGAAGAGGAAGAGGUUCAAGACGAAACCAACGCCGAGUCACAGGCAGAGGCCGAGAGGAGGAACGACUCGUCAAAGGCUCUCUCCACGCCCGCCGAUGGAGAUGCCACUCCCGUCGAUGCAGAUGGUACUCCAUCCGAUUUGGUAGCCAAAAGGAAAGCAUCUCUUUCUGGUCGGCCUGUCGCGGUCACCUUCGAUGGCCAACCAGCGGAUACUUCAACCCUGCCCGUUGCCAUCGCGACUUCCCCGACCAAGGCUAAGCGACUGGGCACUCGAGUCCCGACCGCGAUCCAAAAAAUCAUGAGCAUGACGCGGCAACGCGACCUACCACCCAAAGACAAACUCGAAGAGGAGCGACAUCUCAAGCAGCUCGAAGAGAUGAGAGCAGCCGCGAAAGAAGCAGAACGAAGACGACAAUCUCAGCUUCAAGCCGCUGCAAUGGCACGAGCGACUCGCAUCGCGGCUGCUCAUUCCGUUUGGGAGAACCAAGUGCUCCCUAACUGGCGAGCCGUGACGCACGAGUCGGCCGAAGGUCGAGAACUGAGGAAGCUGUGGUGGGACGGAACGAUGCCUGUGCGCUGGCGUGGUCGACUGUGGAGUCUGUGCAUUGGCAACGGGUUGGCCGUGAGCAGGACUUCGUUCGCUGGGAUUUUAUCCCAGGCCAGGCGCGGCUUGAACGAUGGGACCUUCUUUAAGGAGACGAUGGCUGCGCUGGAAGAAGACGUGCAGGGAACACUGCGGAACCUCAAGCUGUUCCAACGCGGAGGAGCAAUGCACGAGGACCUGAUCGAUCUGUUGCUCGGCUAUGCCGUUUACGCCAGCAAAGCGACGGGCCAAAAGCCUAGUUAUGUGAGUCGCAGACAAGUAAAGAUCAGACACACUCAAGGACCGCUCAGCUGAAGCUUCACUUCGGUCUUUUACUUUUAGCCUCCCGGUCUCGCCUGUCCGGCCGCGAUGCUGUACGUGUUGCUCAGGACCCCCCAGCCCGUUUGAAACAAUGAAACUGACCAAUCCAUCCAUGACCGUAUAGCCUCAUCAAUAUGUCUGUCGCCGAUGCCUUCAUCUCCCUCGUGAACCUCGUCAACAAGAGUUUCCUCAAGAGCUUCUAUGGUGAUAAUCCUGACGAGGUUCGUCCCCCGAAAGCUAUGCUAUCUAAUAUCUGAUCCUCCGCCCUGAACGUUCCCUGACACACCGCUUCUACUUCUCGUAGCCGGAUGCGUACUACCGCAUUUUCGACACCCUCUUGGCCGACAACAUGCCCAAAGUUUACGAGAACUUUUACAAGGAGGUCGUACGACCGUCGCUGUACCUCCACCCGUGGCUCACGUCCAUGUUCGUGCAAUUCCUGCCGCUCGACCUGAGCACGCGCUUGUUCGACGUCUUCCUGCUUGAAGGCGACGCGUUCGUCUUCCGAGUCGCCCUCGUCCUACUACAAAUCCUCGAACCUCGGUUAUUCAACCCCGUACAGUCCGAGCUCGACGAGGUGUUCCGUGGCAAGGAUCGUGGGGCCAUUGCCGUCGUCAGGAGAGAGAGGAUCGGGAGCAUCCUUUUGGGCGGUGGAGGCGAGACCGAGGAAGAAGUCCGCGAUGUGCUUGUUGAGGAGGUGUACACGGAGAUGGGGUGUACGGAGGAUCGAGUGUUUGAGCUGCUUGGCCAGCAGGACUGGAAGGAGGAGACGUGGAAUAGGCUCGUUGAGCGAGAACUUCCGGAGGCCGAUUAG